AUGGCUUCCCAAUCUCCAUGCCGGCAGAAACUACAAUCCCGGCCAAGCAUCGGGCUGCAUGCUGGGACGGGCUGCCUUGAGGUGCUCUGUAACGUUCUCCUGCUGGACAGCACUGUGCAGGCCUUCAAAGUCAACAAGCACGAUCAGGGACAGGUCCUGCUGGAUCUAGUGUUUAAGCACCUCGAGCUGACAGAGCGGGACUACUUCGGCCUCCUGCUGGCUGACGACACCUCCGACAGCCAGAGGUGGCUGGAUCCAAACAAGCCCAUCAGGAAGCAAUUAAAAAGAGGGUCUCCGCAUAGUUUGAAUUUCAGGGUCAAGUUUUUUGUCAGUGACCCGGGCAAACUUCAGGAAGAGUAUACAAGGUACCUGUACUUUCUGCAGCUCAAGCAGGACAUUCUCAGUGGGAGGUUGCCCUGUCCUCACAAUACUGCCGCUCUUCUGGCCUCUUAUGCUGUUCAGUCCGAGCUGGGAGAUUAUAGCCACUCCGAGCACUUGCCUGGCUACCUCUCGGAAUAUAACUUCAUCCCCAACCCACCGCAGGAUUUUGAGAAGGAGAUCGCUAAGCUGCACCAGCAGCACAAUGGACUAUCUCCUGCAGAAGCAGAGUUUAAUUAUCUGAACACAGCGCGGACACUGGAGCUGUAUGGGGUGGAAUUGCACUAUGCAAGGGAUCAAAGUAGCACUGAGAUUUUAAUUGGGGUGAUGUCCGCUGGGAUUGCCAUUCACAAGAACAGGGUACGAAUCAACUACUUUCCAUGGUUGAAGAUUGUAAAAAUAUCUUUUAAAUGUAAACAGUUUUUUAUUCAACUCCGAAGAGAGCCGAACGAGAGUAGAGAGACACUGCUGGGCUUCAACAUGGUGAACUACCGCGCCUGUAAGAACCUGUGGAAGGCCUGUGUGGAGCACCACACCUUCUUCCGCCUGGACCAGCCCGUGCCCCCGCAGAAGAACUUCUUUGCACAUUACUUCUCCCUGGGCUCCAAGUUCCGCUACUGUGGGAGGACGGAGGCGCAGUCGGUGCAGUAUGGAAAAGAGAAGGGCAACAAGAACCGUGUGUUUGCCAGGUCUCCCAGCAAGCCCCUGGUGCGGAAGCUGAUGAGCGGGAUGGACUGGGAGACGGUGAGCCGGACGUCGCUCUCAGACGACCGCCUGGAGACGCAGAGUCUGCCCACGCGCUCACCGCCGGGCACCCCGAACCAGAACUCCAUGUUUGCACAAGAGGGCACACGUGUGCGUCCAUCCUCCGUGGGACACCUGGUCGAUCACGUGAUUCACCCCUCCCCCAGCCAGACAUUCACCAAUCACAAAUCGGCCUCCUCCACACAGGCCAAUAGCAUCAGCCUUGACUCCACCCCGUCUCCCGAUGUGGACGGUCAGCCCCCGGCGUUGCCCCCUAAGCAGUCCCGUCGGAGUCAGCUGAGCCACUCACCCUCGCAGCAGGAGCUAGACAACAACCACGUCAACGAGCUCUACGACACACCCGCGCCCUCGGACAAGAGCAUGUUGAAUGGAGUGGUCCCUCAUGACAACCUGGUCCUGAUUAAGAUGAGGCCGGAUGAGCAUGGGCGGUUUGGAUUCAAUGUCAAGGGCGGAGCGGAUCAGAAGAUGCCCAUCAUCGUGUCGCGGGUGGCCCCUGGAACCUCGGCGGACCUGUGCGUGCCGCGGCUGAACGAAGGGGACCAGGUGGUUCUGAUAAACGGGCGGGACAUCUCUGACCACACACACGACCAGGUGGUCAUGUUCAUCAAGGCCAGCUGCGAGGUCAAUGCCGGAGAGCUCAUCCUGCUGGUGCGCCCCAACGCCAUCUAUGACGUGGUGGACGAGCGUCUAGACUCUGAGCCGGACUUCCAGUACAUUCCAGAGCAGGCGAGUGGCGACCGGUCAGCACUGGACCCCGAGGCCUGGAGGAUCUCCAUGCAGCAGCUCCGAGAGGGGCUGACCAGCGGAGCUAUACUCGCACAGUUCGACCAACUGUACCGAAAACGUCCUGGAAUGACCAUGUCUUGUGCCAAAUUACCUCAGAACAUUUCCAAAAACAGAUACAGGGACAUAUCUCCAUAUGAUGCAACGCGGGUCAUCCUGAAAGGUGGUGAGGAUUACAUCAAUGCCAAUUACAUAAACAUGGAGAUCCCUGCGUCGGGGCUGAUAAACCGGUACAUAGCGUGCCAGGGCCCCCUGCCCAACACGUGCAGCCACUUCUGGCAGAUGAGCUGGGAGCAGGGCUCCUCUCUGGUGGUCAUGCUCACUACACAGGUGGAGCGAGGCCGGGUCAAGUGUCAUCAGUACUGGCCCAAUCCUUCCUCCAGCGCUACCUAUGGCUGUUUCCAGGUCAACUGUUUGUCUGAGGAGGGCAACUCUGCCUACACAGUCAGAGAGAUGACCCUCACCAACACUGAGACCCAGGAGGAGCGGCCACUGACCCAGCUGCAGUACAUGGCCUGGCCGGACCACGGCGUCCCCGACGACUCAACAUACUUCCUGGACUUCGUGGGUCUGGUGCGCGGCAAGAGGGAGGGCAAGGACCAGCCGGUUGUUGUGCACUGCAGUGCUGGGAUUGGCCGGACGGGAGUUCUCAUCACCAUGGAAACAGCGAUGUGUAUGAUCGAGAGCAAUCAGCCUGUGUACCCAUUAGACAUCGUGAGAACAAUGAGGGACCAGAGAGCCAUGAUGAUUCAAACCCCAAGCCAGUACCGGUUUGUAUGUGAGGCGAUCCUGAAAGUGUACGAGGAGGGCCUGGUUUCUCCGCAGUCGACCCCGGUCGAGGAGGAGCCUGGAGCGGCGGCAGACCAAGCCUGACCGGCUGCGGUACCACUGACCCAUGUGCAGCGCCCCCUGCUGACUGACCAUGUAGGGGGAGGACACUGACUGGAGGGGAAAGCGAGAGGGAGAGAGGGGUAGGGAGUAAAAUAUGAAACAAAACAAAAAAUCUAAGCACUGAUGCACUUUAUGUUAACAAGAGAAAAAGAAACAGUCAUAUGUGGAGAUUUAUGUUUAAACAAACAAAAACAACAACAAAAAGAAAGAAAAUAAGUGGGGGGAGGGGAAUUACAUAAGGUUGCAUAAUUUGGUAUUUUCUAGAAUUAACAAGCUUUUCAGGGUGAUGUUGAGUAUGUGUGGAUCGCUGUAGUGCCAUAAAUUAGGACAAGCCCGGUGGAACAACAUACCAGAGAACAAUCGGACAACAAGACAAGACAUCAGCGCUCCUUACUCUCAUGGCAGGCUGUCUAUUUUAAAAGGAUAUUUAUUAUAUUUUAUUUGUUUAAAAGAAGAAAAAGGCUUAUAGAUUCUUUAUUCUUUAUUUUUUUCUCAUGCUGACAUUCUAAAUUGGGGAAAUAAGUAUCACUUCUUUUUUUAAUUAUUAUUGUGAUAUUCUAGUUUUUUUUUUUUUUUCCUUUCCUGCAAUACAGUUCUCACUCAUGUGAUCAUUGACAAUGUGGUCAUGUGACCUGUAUGAUCAUGUGAUCAGGAUCGGAAUCUCUGCUGAAAGGACGUGAGCUGUUUUUGGGCAGGGAGUGAUUUUGUUGUUUUUUGUUUUGUUGUUGUUUUUUUUUGUGUGUGUGCUGCAUAAACUGGAUCCUUCUGAAACUGGACCGGAGGCUUGUCUCCUUCCUCGUGCUCACUCUUCUCUCACACACACACACACACACACACACACACACCAGUCAUACCUGCCGCUCUCUCUACAGGGAGAUUCACAAUCCACCCAUUACUUGGUGGGCACUAUAUGUGUGCAGUUUCUUUUCUUUGUGUGUGUGUGUGUGUGUGUGUGUGUGUGUGUGUGUGUGUCGGGGUUGUGAGUGAUAGUGCUAGCCUUUCAAGUGCUCAUGGUUUUUUUUAUGGUGCAAACAUCCUCUGCCAGUCGCCUUCAACUCCCACCAUGCUUUGUAACGAUUCCCCGCCCCACCUAAAUUACCAACAAACAAACUGUAGAUACACACGUCUUGAUUUGUUUUUGAAAAUUUUCCUUUUUUUUUUUUUUUUUACACAUUUGCUU